GAGAAGCAGCCUCCUCGAAGAGGCCGCACGCACACUGCGCGCACGGCUAAAAUAAACAAGGCUCUCUGGCAAGGACGGCGGGCCGCUCGCCACAUGACCCGAGCCUUGUGCGUUUGGUGCAUUUCGUGAAAAUUGCAUGCAUGUGGAGUGAGUGCGAGUGAGACAGCAGAGGCAGCAGCAAAAUGUCCGGCGACAUCCAGCCCAAGAAGCGCAAGAACAAGGCCAAGAAGUCCCCCAGCGGAGGUGGUGCCGGACCCAGCCCGACCCGAGAGGAGGAGGAAGAUGUUGCCACCGACCCGACCAACAUCCAUAUCCAUGAAGAUUCCCAUAUCGGCGGCCACUGGUGCGCCAAAAUUAUGUUCUUCACCCUCUUAUCAUCGUUGGUUGUGCUCAUUGGUUUAGUCGCCAUCAACUACCAAGGAAACUUUCAAACUGACGUAGUUCAAGCGAAAUCCCGAUACGCUGAAUAUUUUGAAGGGUACUUAGAUGUGAACAUCGACCACCAUGGGGAUGAACACGACGACCAUGAUGAUCUUGUAGCAAGUUUGGAAGAAGAUGAUCAUGACGAUGAUCAUGAGGACGGUCACGAAGACGAUGAUCACGAUGAAGAGGAGGACGACGGUCAUGACGAGGGUGAGGACGAUGAUGAUGACGACGGUCAUGAUGAUGGGGACGACGAUGAAGAUGCCGACGUUCAUGAUGAUGGCGAUGACGAUGAUGAUGAGGAUGAUAACCAGGACGACGAUGAAGAUGACCAAAAAGAUGAAGACGAUGAUGAGGACGAAGAUGACGAUGACGGCGAAGAUGAUGCCGAUGGUGACGAAGAGAACGAUGACGACGACGACGGUGAUGAUGAUGAUGAUGAAGACGAAGAAGAUGAAGAAGAUAAGGAUGAGGGCGCAGUCGCCGACGAGGACGACGAUGACGAUGGGGAGGAUGAUGCUGAUGAUGGCGAUGAUGCGAACGACGUAGAGGACGAUGACGACGAUGACGGAGAUAAUGAUGACGAUGAGAAUGACGGAGAUGACGAUGAUAACGAUGACGAAGAGGACGACGCUCCAACCCCUGUAGCAAACGGAGCCGACGACAACGACGAUGAUCAGGAUGACGAUGAUGAUGAAGAGGAUGAGCAAGAUGAUGACGACGAUGAAAAGGAAGACGACAAACCCAAGGCGGCUGAGAGCACCAAACCUAAGGAGACAAAGUCGAAAAAGGAGGUGAAAGAUAAUGACGACGAUGGAGAUGAUGACGAUGAUGAUAACGACGAUGAAGACGAAGAGGAUGACAUCGCAGAUGACGAUAAUGAGGACGACGACGCCUAAAGCAGCAAAACAAAAACACACCCACCCUAAGAAAACAUAAAUUUAAUUAUCCACCAACUGCUCAAUUUGCGUAUUAAGACUAAUGAGAGUUUGACACCCGACGAUUCGAACGAAUUAAAUUUGCAAUUAAUGCCAGCACUGAUCCCGAAAUCAACAACCGUGCCUUAGUUGCAAAUCUAAUUGUUUUGAAUUCAGAGAUUGCUGUCAAUUGAGGAAAGUAGUUUAACGUCAUUCCAGCAAAUAAGAUUAUCAUCAGCCCCUGUUAAACCCAGAAAUCAGUACAACCAGUAAUUUAUUGAAAUCCAAGUAUCGUCGACAUAUCUCUCUUGUUUAUGUGUUUUCACUCCAUCGAUGAGAGCGUACUAAUAAUCUUGGCUGUGAGAUUUACAAGUGCCAUUAAAUAAAUCAUGAAACAAUUGAGCAUAAUACUGUUUAAAAUGAAUGAUCGAAGGAUAAGAGUUGCAUGCAUGGCUUUUUUUGAGUUGUUUGCGAAAUUAGUUUAUUUGUUGCCUAAUUUCGCUAACCUUCCGUUUUUCGUUUCCCAUUCGUAUUUAACAAAACAGACCCUCAUUUUACAUGAACACUCACACAGCAAGUUCCUGACCAUCUCUCCUCUUUAACGCCGCGAGGGCGGACAGAAUCAUUUUUCACUUGCCAUCAGUUCAUCCAUACAAGUGCAACGAGGAAGAAAAGUCGCUUUUACACGAGGAACAAAGAAAGGAUUGUUUGCAGAAAAAAAUAUAUGUCUCCAGCUGUGAAAUAAACGUUUUGUAGAAAAAGA